AUGAACCUAAUGAACAUAACCUUCAAGAGAGAUGUUUAGUACGUUUAGUAUGAUGUUUAGUCUUGUGUAAGGUUUCUGGAAUUUUAAAAUUACUUUAAAAUUUAUGUUAUGACGAGCCGUAGGAUAUUAGUUGAAACUAAAAACCUUUCAAAAGACCCACCGCCGGGCAUAAGUGCAACCCCAGAUGAGGAUAAUUGUAGAUAUUUUCAUGUGAUAAUGGCAGGUCCAAAAGGCUCCCCAUACGAGGGCGGCUUAUUUAAAUUAGAAUUAUUUUUACCGGAAAACUAUCCACUAUGUCCACCUUCCGUUAGAUUUUUGACAAAAAUAUAUCAUCCAAACAUAGACAAAUUAGGUAGAAUUUGUUUGGAUAUUCUGAAAGAUCAAUGGAGUCCUGCUCUACAAAUUCGCACUGUACUUCUGUCUAUUCAAGCUUUAUUAAGUGCACCAAAUCCAGAUGAUCCUUUAGCCAAUGAUGUAGCUAACAUGUGGAAAAAUGAUGAAGAAGAAGCAAUAUCUGUAGCAAAAAGCUGGACUCGCAGAUAUGCUGUUAUGGAUAGUUAAAAACUGCAUACUUUUUAAUUAUUUCCCUUUAAUUACAUUCCUUUUGGUAACCUUAAUUCAGUAUCCUUAAAGUAGACUGAUUUUUUCAGCAUUGCUUAAAAUUUAGCUAUUUAUACAAAAAUUAUUUGG